AUGGCCGACGACAAGAUGCAGGGGCUGGACCAUUCCGAGGCCCAUUACUUCAACAGCUAUAACCACCAUGGCAUCCAUGAGGAAAUGUUGAAAGAUGAGGUCCGGACGCGGUCGUAUAUGAAUGCUAUUGUGCAGAACAAGCAUCUUUUCAAAGACAAGAUUGUUCUUGAUGUUGGAUGCGGUACCGCCAUUCUCUCCAUGUUCGCGGUCAAGGCCGGCGCAAAGCACGUAAUCGGUGUCGACAUGUCGACUAUCAUCGAGAAGGCCAAGGAGAUCGUCGAGGUAAACGGGAUGUCCGAUAAGAUCACCCUGCUACAAGGAAAGAUGGAGGAGGUUGAAGUGCCUUUCCCCAAGGUCGACAUUAUAAUAUCUGAGUGGAUGGGUUAUUUCCUGUUGUACGAGUCCAUGCUUGACACCGUGCUAUAUGCUCGUGACAAGUACCUUGCCCCCAACGGACUGAUCUUCCCCGACAAGGCCACCAUCUUCAUGGCUGGUAUCGAGGAUGGAGAGUACAAGGACGAGAAGAUUGGAUUCUGGGACAAUGUCUACGGAUUCGAUUACUCUCCCCUGAAGAAGACCGCUCUCACGGAGCCCUUAGUUGACACCGUCGAGAUCAAAGCCGUCGUUACAGACCCCACCGCCGUCCUAACCCUGGAUCUCUACACCUGCACAACCGCCGAUCUUGCUUUCACUUCACCCUUCACCCUCGACGCCCGCCGCGACGAUUUCGUCCACGCCCUUAUCGCAUGGUUCGAUAUUGAUUUCACCGCCUGCCACAAGCCAAUUCGCUUCAGCACUGGACCACACACCAAGUAUACCCACUGGAAGCAGACCGUGUUCUACCUGAGGGAAGUCUUAACCGUUCAACAAGGUGAACAAAUCAAGGGUAUAUUAGAGAACAAGCCGAAUGAGAAGAACAAGCGGGACCUGGACGUCAAGAUCGCAUAUAAACUGAUUACGGAUGAUCCAAUGCGGCAGGCAGAGGGGGCCUGCACGUAUAAGAUGUGCUAA